AUGAGCGUCACACGCUCGACUUGGUUAAUAACUGGUGCAUCAUCAGGACUGGGCAAGGCGCUUGCCUCAGAGGCUCUCAAGGCUGGAUACAAAGUCAUUGGAACCACGCGUGACGUCGAAAAUGCCGAAGCAGCCUAUCCUGAAUUCUCCGCCAGUGGGGGUGUAUGGAUAGGUCUGAAUCCUGCCCAAAACAGUGCAUAUGAUAAAUUCGCGAAGUGUGCGCAGGAGCACAAUGUGGAUGUUUUGGUAAACAACGCAGGCUAUGCUUUUAUCGGUGGUGUUGAAGACACAUGUGAGGCCGAAGUCCGCGAUCAAAUGGAAGUAAAUUUCUAUGGCCCCCUUCGCGCCGUGCGUGCUUGUCUUCCUGUCAUGCGUACAAGAGGCUCGGGCCAUAUCAUCCUGAUCAGCAGUGGUGCUGGGGAGCAUUGUUCGAGGAAUAGCUUUAUCGCACGCCCUGGACGAGGAACUUAUUCUGCGAGUAAAUUCGGGAUUGAGGCUAUCCACGAGUCUCUUUCUCACGAGGUCAAGACUUUGGGAAUCAAAGUGCUGAUUGUGGAGCCGGGCGCUUUUCGCACUCCCUUCUCAAAUCGUGCUAUUAUGUCUAGUAGAUUUGAGAAUGGCUUCAGUGAAGGCUAUAAGGGAACCGUGGUUGAGCAAAUGGUCAAUAGCUUCCGAGGGCUUACAUCAAUUCCGGAUUAUAUUAAGGGAGACCCGGAAAAAGCUGCGCGUGCAAUAAUCAAGGUCACUGUCACUGGGCAUGAUUAUCUUCGCAUGCCGCUUGGGAAGGAUUGUGUAGUGGCUUUGGACUCGAAAAUUGGAGAGCUACAGAGAGAUCUAGAGGCCACCAGGGCGAUUGCUUCGGCCACUGAUGUUGAUUGA